GCUCCAGCUUUGCCCGGAUCAGCGCCGCGAACCCCUCGGCAAGUAUUGCGCUGACUCUCGAGCCAGACGCACGUGUUUUGUCCGCGGUGGUGCCUCUUUAUUAGAAUUGUUGCUUCUUAGUGUUCUCGGUUGGUCGUCAACUUCGAAGUAGGGCUUCUUUCGGGUCGUGUUAGUCCAAGGGUCCAAGUUGGGAUCGUCCAGCCUGGUAUCGGUACAGAUAAACAGGGUAUGUUUACGGUCGAGCAUUUCUCGAGAAAAACAAGUCCAGUUGCAGUCCGUUGAGUUCGCUUGCUCAACCCCGUUGAAGUGUUUUAUCGCUGCACAGCUGCGAAAGUACUGCGCCGAUAUCGUGGGCUGUUAUCUCACUCUAUCCAGUGCACAACAAAAUAAAAACAACUACAUAGUGAUAGCAACUCUUGCAGAGUGUGCAAAAAUAGAAGGAUCGCGCGCGCGACUAAACGAAAGUGGUUGCGAGUGAGCGUCUGCGAGUUUCGUUUGAAACGAGAAGAAAAAGAUCGCGCCAACGAAAGUGGUGCUGUUGUGAACAGCGUUCAAGGGUUUCCAAACACCGAAGGAAGUGUCCCCUUAGCAUCGCCGGGGUUGUGCUGUGUGUGACUCGUGUUCAGCGAGUAUCAAGAGUCGUCGUCGAGCUCGCCAUCAAGGGUUGUUGACCGGAAUCUGUGUAGAUUUGAAUAAAUUACACCAGGAGGCGCAGACACAACAGACAUCGACACAAUGACACUGGGCCAGGCCAAAGGCGGGACGCGGUCCCGGAGAACGUCCGGACAACCCAACAGCAGCAGCAGCAACACAAACAGUAGCAGUAGUCCCCUGCAGAUCAUUUGCAUUUUCCAAACUGUGAUAGUAUCGUUAGUGGUAGCCCUGUUCCUGAUGCCCACCGGGAUCACCAGCUUGGAGAACGGCCUGGCGCGGACACCGCCGAUGGGGUGGCUCUCGUGGGAACGGUUCCGCUGCAACACGGACUGCGAGGGCGAUCCGGAGAACUGCAUUAGCGAAAACCUAUUCCGCACGAUGGCCGACCUGGUGGUGAGCGAAGGCUACGCCGCCCUCGGCUACGAGUACAUCAACGUGGACGAUUGCUGGCUGGAGAAGUCACGAGGACCGCGCGGGGAGCUGGUCGCCGAUCGUCGUCGCUUCGCCAGCGGCAUGAAGGCACUUGCCGACUACGUACACGCCAAGGGGCUCAAGUUUGGCAUCUACGAGGACUACGGUAACUACACGUGCGCCGGAUAUCCGGGCAUUCUGGGCUUCUCGCAGAACGACGCGGCCCAGUUUGCGUCCUGGGACGUGGACUACGUCAAGCUGGACGGGUGCUACUCGCUGCCGAUCGACAUGGACCACGGCUAUCCGGAGUUUGGACGCAACCUGAACGCGACCGGCCGACAUAUGGUGUACUCUUGCAGUUGGCCCGUGUAUCAGAUCUACGCUGGAAUGAACCCCAACUACUCGUCGAUCAUCCAGCACUGCAACCUGUGGAGAAACUACGACGACAUCCAGGACUCGUGGGCCUCGCUGGAGAGCAUCAUCGACUACUACGGUAACAACCAGGACGCGAUCAUCCCGAAUGCCGGUCCAGGACACUGGAACGAUCCCGAUAUGUUGAUCAUCGGCAACUUCGGACUUAGCUACGAGCAGUCCAAGACCCAGAUGGCGCUGUGGGCCAUCAUGGCGGCCCCGCUGAUGAUGUCCGUCGAUCUGCGAACGAUCCGGCCCGAGUUCAAGGCAAUCCUGCAGAACCGGAAGAUCAUCGCCGUCGAUCAGGACCCGCUCGGCAUCCAGGGCAGGAGAAUCUACAAGCACAAGGGCAUCGAAAUCUGGUCCCGUCCGAUCACGCCCAUCUACCAGACGUACUACUCGUACGCGAUCGCGUUCGUGAACCGCCGAACCGACGGAACCCCGUCCGAUGUGGCCGUUACCCUGCGCGAGCUGGGCCUGAUCUCGCCCACCGGCUACAGGGUUGAGGACCUCUACGAGGAGGUCGACUACGGAAUACUGAGCCCCCAGACCAAGAUCAAGGUCAAGGUGAACCCGUCCGGAGUGGUGAUUCUGCGUGCCGAUGUUCAGCCCGAGCGAUUCUCCAAGAGACCGUACAAUCCCAUCUUCUAUCGCUACCCGAACUAAGCAAGACUCGAUCCCUUUGAAGAUCGGCCUAGUGCGAAUACCUUUCCUCCCUCACCCCUUCAAAGUCUACGCUCGAAAGAAAGUGAACUCCCAGAGAUAUGGAACACCGUGAUGAUUGUGUAGAUAGCGUAUCAAGAUGAUAAGUAGACGUUAUAACCAUAAAAAAAGAAGAAGCAACAAAUUGUAUCUGAAUUGGAAGCAAUUGUACAAAUGAUUACGGCUCGUUUAGGGGCCACCACCAUGACUCUGCAAAGCCUGAUGCACCUCGAAAAGAAAGAAUCAACAAAAUGUGCCAGCUCCGCCUGAAAGCAAUGAAUUCCCUAUGAAGGCCCCCCAAACUCACUACAGGCAGAGAUAUCAAACUCCACGCGCGUGUGCAGGGAGCAGGUCCAAAACAACCAAGUUGUGUUAGCGACCCCCAAUUUCUAUAGAACUGGUUGCGCCCAGCGGCGAGGCCCAGCUCAUUCGUAAGGAAUUCAUUAAGAUGGUGAUAUUUAUUAUACAAACAAUACCCCCCCAACUCUUCCAAAUCUUUCUUUUCACUCUCUCCUCCCAAAAUAAAAGUCUGUUUUGCACACACUUAUCUCGGAAACAAAACACCCAUGCCGCAAACAAGCGAAACUAAUCCGCGCGCAGGUCUUAAUCAAGGCACUAUUCAGUCCCAAAAAAAAAAACGUUACGCGAAUCGCCAAAAGAAAGCGGUGUCCCUACUCAACACCGCCGGCGCUGUGUGGGGGUGGUACGCGAUAAACGACGCAACAGGUGUGCAACAAUGAAUUGAAGAAAAGCCGCCGCCGACGUCGUAAAAAACGAGUAAAAUCUUUCAGGUAGAAACUAAACGCCGUAAAAAAAGUUUAAGGCACAACCACCCUCAAUCGCAGCGAAACAGAAAGGUUACACUAACGAAAAGAGUUGUUUUGCGGAGAUAAAUAACAAAAAAAUCAAGAAUUCCCCCGUCAUUAUCAAAUUUAUGCUAAAUGUGGUUUGGAGACAGAGCCAAACCGUGGAAUAGCGUACCGAACCUAAAAGUGUAUGUUCAAUGUUAGAGUUAAAGUGAACAAAAGAAAUAAAGAAAGCAGAGAAAACACAUUUCUUCUUGAGAUAAAUGAUACAUAAAUAAAGAACUAUACUAUCAGCAAACAUAAACAAAAAUGAACCGUGCGUCGAUUGCGAUGCGGUGUUGCCCAGUUUAUGUAAUUUAUUUUUAUCGUUUAGUUUGAUAAGUGAUAUGAAAUUUAAUAAAU